GUAUGUUCGCCUCUGAGUGAGCCAGACGCGGCGCUCAGUCUGAGAAAACCCGUCUGUCCGGACGCACGGCUAUGACGCUCCCCUCUCCUUAACACUCGCGCGCCCGCUCUUGGGGAAUGUGCCACGACUUGCGUCUUAAGGAGUACCUCACACCACUGCGUCAGUGUGUACUGGGCCCGCCCACACGCCUCCGCCACACUCCUGGCGGUCGCAUCUUACCUCAACGCCCAUAGUGGCUACCUUUGUUUGAAGUUUUGAAGUGAUAGUCUAGCGUGUCUAGUGGAGUGUCAAGUUUAUAGUGCGGUGAAUGUUGUCAGAGAGCCGAGGAGCCAUGUCGUCUUACCGGAGCCAGCGGCAACACUGCUACUUGUGCGACCUGCCCCGUAUGCCCUGGGCUAUGUUGCACGACUUCUCUGAGCCCGUCUGCCGCGGCUGUGUCAACUAUGAGGGCGCCGACAGGAUCGACCUGGUGAUAGAGGCGGCGCGACAGAUGAAGCGAGCUCACGGAAUAAACGAAAACCGCCAGGGUCCUGCCAAGCCUCACCCUCGCGUGCCCAUGGAGGCCCAGAACGGUGCCCACCAUGGCCCUAUUAAACUGGAGGGCGGCAUCAAGAUGGAGCCUGGAUCCCACUCACAGUCUGGGUCCCACUCUCACGCCCACUCCCACGGCCACCCGGCGCCCCUGCCUCCCCCUGGUGCCCCGGGUGUGGCCUUUGUCUCAGGGGACGUCCGCCAACGUGGGCCACAUAUGCUGGCCUUCCCUGCAGGCCUGGCUCACCGCGAGGACCCUCAUGCGCCCUCCCUGGUGAGGCCACCUGCCCAUCUCACCGCCCACCCACCCCUGCCGCCCCCUCACUCUCGCCCACCAGGAGCUCCGGGAUCCUCGUCAGGCUCGGCACCUCAAAAAAGAUCCUUUGAGCGAGACGACGCCCAAAGUCCCAGCGAGGGCAGUGUGCCCAAACGGCCCAUGCUCGAGGAGGGACACAGGCCCACCCUCACCCGAGGAGAAUCCCUGCCAGCCGCCCCCGUCGCCCCCAACUACAAGGAUUCGGCCAAACAUCAUCCCGUCCGAGUGUGGUCCUUCGACGGGUCUUCAAAGCCCCCUUCAGUUAUGUUCUGUUGUACAGGUUAUCCUGGUCUGCCGGUGAGUGCGGCGGCCGUGGUGGCGGCAGCAGCGGCACAACAACAAGCACAAGCUGCCAACAGUCAGAGCCAACAAGGGUCAUCACAGGGACCCGGCAGUACCCGCACCACCUCCCCCGAGGGCCCCAACUCCUCCACCAACGGGCCUUCGCCCAUGGCGGCCCUCCAGAGUGUGACGGACAACCUGCCGCCGGGCUCCCCUCACAGCCACGCCUCCGCCUCCCCCCAGCAGCGCUCAGCAUCCAGGAACUCAUCACAGCUGUCCCCAUCCUCAGGAGAGCCGAGGCGGAGAUCAUCUGGCGGGAGACACGGUGAUUCGAGUGGAGACAGCAGCCCGGGGGCCCAGGGCAGCGGAACAGGCAAUGGGGGUAGCGGUAGUGGCAGCGAAGCCCCGCAGCCCAGCAACAACCUCAAGUGCACCAUAUGUACUGAGCGGUUGGAGGACACCCACUUCGUGCAGUGCCCCUCCGUCCUCCACCACAAGUUUUGCUUCCCCUGCUCCAGAGAGUCCAUCAAGCGACAGGGCGCCGGCACUGAGGUAUAUUGCCCCAGUGGUGAGCGGUGUCCCUUGGCCGGGUCGUCGGUGCCGUGGGCCUUCAUGCAGGGGGAGAUUGCCACUAUCCUGGGCACGGCCAACAUCCUGCCCCAACACUCACAGGAUGAAGCCAAGACCAAGAAGGAGCGCGACACAUAGGCUGCGCCGUGCGAGAUUCCUCUGGUUUUAGUUAAAAAGGUUGCCAGCGAUGCUUAGCUGGUGACUUUUGUCGGCGUCGACCGCAACGUGCGUGUUCGGCGUGGUGACGCUGUACUAGCGUGUCCAAAUGGUGCUGGAUCCGGUCCUUGCUGUGGACUCUGCCCGUUAGUGGUGGUGAUGGCAGCGGCCGGGGCCCCCACGGUGCCUCGAGGCCAUACCACCAGCUGUGUGUUGGGCGUCGCCAUACGGGAGGCGACCAGGGUGAGAGGGCAGAGUCAGCUAGUCCAGGGAGUCUACACUAGUGACUGUUAGCCAACUAUGCGGACAUUCAGUGUGUCAGUAAAUUGGUUCACUCCUCUGGGGGUGGCCAAAUUUCCUGCCUUUAUAAGGAGUGAUGACUUUCUGCCAUGAGAUAUUGGUGAUCUGUCGUGGCAGGACAGUGGGACAACUCAGUGAAAAUGAUCAUCACAAGUCAAGGAUCAUCUACUGGUUGAUGUUACCAGAGCAUGUGGAAUUUUGUUUGUAGGAGAACCCCGAGGUUGAGACCGCCUGGGGUGAAGAGCGGCGACGAGCGUGGCCCAACGGCUACCCAUAGGGAGUGAGUAAACUUGUGUCGUCCUGGGUCAACUAUGGCUGCUUCUCAUGAGCGCCUUGACCUCAACCUGUCGUUGGCUUCAAGCUGUCGUCAGUCUCAAGAUAUCAUUGACUUCAAGAUGUUGUUGUUGUCAGGAUAUUAUUGACCUCAGGCUCCGUUGUCAGCCUCACGCUAUUAGAUAUCGUCGACAUCAAGCUGACAUUGACCUCAAGCUGUUGUCGACUUUCAAAGAUGUCGUCCCACUCUCGGUCCAUAUUCUUGUGCUGAUUUCUUCACAAGUUUUACCUUCAGAGUUGAGCAGAAUUGUUAUUGUAAUCUCUUAGGCUGUACAUAUGUGUACAAUCAACACAAACACAUACCCACACAUCACUCAUGUACACAUAAACACACACACAGACACACACACACACACACACACACACACACACACACACACACACACUGUAACUUCUCACACACUGCUCCAAGACCGUGUGACGUUCGCAAUGACCAAAGGCUUACCUUGUAUAUUGAUUGAUAGGAAUAUAUUACUUUAGUGUAAUGUGAUAACACACUUAGCCUACUAGUCAUUUAUGAUACUGGGUAAUUUUGGUACAGUAUCACAAUUUGGAACUCCGUACUCGCUUUUGUAGAUUUGUAAAUGUUCCAAAUAUUCUCUCUACCGGAAUCUGUCAAAUCUUCUCCACCAGACUAACACCGGCGUUUGUUUAAAACCAAAAUACAACUUCAAUUAACAUUCAAAUCAACUUCCUUCUUGUAUGCGACAACCCGAGAGAAUAAACAGCACAUCAUUGUCUUUUUAAAGGUUUUUUCCGUUUUAUUUUGUAAUUUUUAUUUUUCCGCCAAGAGUUUAGAAGGUAGCAGUUAUAAGUGUGUCUUUGUCUCCAUUUGCUAAUUCCUUACGCUGGGCAAACCUCACGUUGGAUCCUCGGCACAUGGUGGCUACCUCAGCUGCAUUGCUUAACUGGCAUGUCAUGUGGAUGUGUUAUGUCAUGCAGGCCUACCAUAUCAUGCAGAUGAGUCAUGUCAUGUGAAUGUGUUAUGUAACAUGGACCUGUCAUGUCAUGCAGACGUGUCAUGUCAUACUGACUUAUGUCAUGCAGAUGUGUCAUAUCACGCAAACGUGUCAUAUCAUGCUGACAUGUUAUGUCAUUCAGACGUAUCAUGUCAUGUAGACAUGUCAUAUCAUGCAGUUCUGUCAUGUCAUGCGGAUGUGUCAUGCUGUGCGGACGUGUCUUGACAGUGCCUUUUAUGUCUCAGGCUGCUCUCUAAGGACCGUCCACAUGUCAUGUCUGGUUCUAGGUCCCUGACCACCAGGUUAACCAUUUAUGGGCACCAGGUCAGCUGUUGUGGGCACCAGGUCAGCUCUUGUGGGCACCAGGUCAGAUGUUGUGGGCACCAAAUCAGCUUAUUGUGGGUACCAGAUCAGCUUAUUGUGGGUACCAGAUCAGUUUAUUGUGGGCGCCAGAUCAGCUUAUUGUGGACACCAGAUCAGCUUAUUGUGGGCACCAGGUUAGCUGUUGUGGGCAUCAGAACAGCUUAUUGUGGGCACCAAGUCAGCUUAUUUUGGGCACCAGGUCAGCUGUUGUAGGCACCAGGUCAGCUGUUGUGGGCACCAGGUCAGCUUAUUGUAGGCACCAGGUCAGCUUAUUGUGGGCACCAGGUAGUCAUGACUGUCUUGUUGGUAGUCUGAUUGUAUUGUAGAUAGGCUGACUAGUAUGAUUGUCCUUUGGAUUGUUGGACUGUAGUCUGAGUGUCUUGUGGAUAGUAAGACCAUCAUGGAUAGCAGGUUAUAUGGUAAUCUGACUGCCUUGUGGGUAAUCUGAGUGUUUGUCUUCUUGAUAGUCUGAUUACUGUAUUUUGGGAGUUUUGAAUAGUCUGACUGUCUAUUGGAUGAUCUGACUUAAGAUGUAAAUAGUU